ACUCCCUGGCUUGUUUUGUUUAUGAGGGGCAAGGAUGGGUCAUAGGAAAGAGGAAGAAAGGGAGUUCUACCUGAGCCUUUGCAUAUAUGAGUCUCCUGUCAGAAGAAUCUGCAGCUGGACCCACAGGGAUCCAGGCUGGGACAUGGAAGCAAUGGGAGCCAGCACUUCCCUACCUGACCCUAGUGACUUUGACCGAAACAUGCCCCGGAUCUGUGGGGUAUGUGGAGACCGAGCCACGGGCUUCCACUUCAACGCUAUGACCUGUGAAGGCUGCAAAGGCUUCUUCAGGCGGAGCAUGAAGCGGAAGGCACUGUUCACUUGCCCCUUCAAUGGGGACUGUCGAAUCACCAAAGACAACAGGCGGCACUGCCAGGCCUGCCGGCUCAAGCGCUGUGUGGAAAUCGGCAUGAUGAAGGAGUUCAUCCUGACCGACGAAGAGGUGCAGCGCAAGCGGGAAAUGAUCCUGAAGCGGAAGGAGGAGGAGGCCUUGAAGGAUAGUUUGCGGCCCAAGCUGUCAGAGGAACAGCAGCACAUCAUCACCAUCCUGCUAGAGGCCCACCACAAGACCUAUGACCCCACCUACACUGACUUCACCCAGUUCCGGCCUCCAGUCCGAGAGACUAGAGGGAGCUGUCAUCCACCGCCCACACCCAGCUUCUCCAGGAACUCCUCCUCAUCUGGUUCAGAUCUCUAUACUGCCUCUCUAGACUUGGUGGAGCCUUCCAACUUCUCCAACCUGGACUUGAAUGAAGAAGAAGACUCGGAUAACUCUUCUGUGACUCUGGACCUGUCCCAGCUCCCCAUGCUGCCUCAUUUGGCUGACCUGGUCAGUUAUAGCAUCCAAAAGGUCAUCGGCUUCGCCAAAAUGAUCCCAGGAUUCAGAGAUCUCACUGCUGAGGACCAGAUUGUGCUGCUUAAGUCAAGUGCCAUUGAGGUCAUUAUGCUGCGCUCCAACCAGUCCUUCAACGUGGAGGACAUGUCCUGGGACUGUGGCAACCAAGACUACAAGUACAGUGUCACUGAUGUGACCAAAGCUGGACACACGCUGGAGCUGAUUGAGCCCCUCAUCAAGUUCCAGAUGGCGCUGAAGAAGCUGAACUUGCAUGAGGAGGAACACGUCCUGCUCAUGGCUAUCUGCAUUGUCUCCCCAGACCGACCUGGGGUGCAGGAUCCCAAGCUGGUCGAGGCCAUCCAGGACCGACUGUCCAACACGCUGCAGGCCUACAUCCACUGCCGCCACCUGCCCCCGGGCAGCCACCAGCUCUACGCCAAGAUGAUCCAGAAGCUGGCUGACGUGCGCAGCCUCAAUGACGAGUACUCCAAGCAGUACCGAACCCUCUCCCUCCAGCCGGAGAACAGCAUGAAGCUCACACCCCUUGUGCUCGAGGUGUUUGGCAAUGAGAUCUCCUAACUAGCAUGGUCUGCAGCGGCACCUGGGUGGGGCUGCUCCUCCAGGGCCCAGGGCCCAGCUCUGGGGCUGGUAGUGGCCGGAAGCUCCUCCCAUCCCUCCUGGAGCUCAGCUCCUCCUCUGCCAUCUCCUUUCUCCACCUGGCCUAGUACCAGGUCCCCCUUUCCUGCAGGCCACUGGCAGCCCCCAGUCCCUUGAGAUGUCAGUCAUGAGGAGAGGAGUUUGUUUGACAAAGAAACUCAAGUGGGGCCAGAGGGCAGAGACUGGAGGCAGGGCCUUGCCCAGGGAGGCCCCUGCACUCCUGACGUGGCUGCUGCUGGUGCCCUGGGAAGGCAGGCAGGAGAAAUGCACCGUUCCUCAGGGACAGAGACGCCCACCCUUCCUCCACACUGGGUCCACACGUCCGGAGCCUGGGGGGCGUGGCCCUCCCCAGCCACCCCGGGUCCACACCAGCCCACAAUCCCCCUCCUCCCAUCUCACCGUGCUGCUAAUCUGUGCUGUUCUGUCGCAGGCGAGUGGGCACCAUGGGGCCCCCCAUGUACACAAACCACCCCCCACCCCUCGUCUGCCUGGGACACUCCAAGGAUGAGCAAAUCCAAGAUAGCGAAGGUCACGACUCCCCAUACCCACCCCGCUGGCCCAGGGACACCGGGCUGACCCUGCAGUCCCCCCUUCAUCUCUGCCAUUGUAACCCUCUCACGGGUGGGCAGCAGCUCUGGCAUGGUGGGCACCUUCCGCAUCUCUGGAUCCGCUGGCUGGGAACCCAUCUGCUGGGCAGCCACAGGAGGGUGGAACACAGGGCCUGGGCAGUGGAGAACACACAAAGCCAGUCUCCCCGAAGGGCUGCAGAUGGUGACCCUGGGCUGUAGCUUUCGUGAAGCCCGGGGCCUGAAUCUAAGGAGCUGGUCAAGGGGGAGCUGUGUCUCCAGCCGUCCGUAUGGCAGCACUGGAUUAUCUCCAGGUGGCAGAGGAGUCCUGUCACACUCUGUCACUCCUCACCCUGCCAGUGCCUUACCUCCCACCAAGGACAGCAGGCUUUCCUACCUUGCCCCCAACAACCUCGUUCUUCCCUCACCCACGGUGCCCCAGAAGUCUGGAGCAGCAGGCCCUCCCUCUUUCUCACCUACAGGAGCCACAUCUUCUCCACCUGGCAGGGUGGCAUGGAGGAGCUGGGCUUUCAGCUGCCCCGAUAUAGUCAUAAGACUGCUGUGCAGAUGCAAAAGCAGGUGCUAGUGCUCAGUCGGAGCUUCAGGAGGUAGAGGAUGUAGGUGUAGGAGGGCUAGUCAGGGCACAUGGUGGUGGAGUACCAUGGGGCCGAUCCCCUUCCUGUUCUCACUCCAUCACCCAGAAGUGAAAUGGAGCCCGUGAGGUAGGGCCCUGGGCCACCUCACUUCAGACUUUACUUCUCCUCUGUAGCCAGCCCAGGCCAGGAGAUGGGAGCCUUCAGGCCACUCACCCCAGGGUGAGUUCCUUGCCAUAGGUAUGUGGGGCCUGUGAAGAGGGGAUUCACCCAAGGGGACUCCAGGAGGGGCCUUGGGGUGACGGCUUGAUUUGGGGGAACACGGGCAUUGGAGGUGGCGAUAGGGAGGUACGAAGCUGACCUUACCAAACCCCCAGAAGAUGCCCCCCACUACUGACACCUGUUUUUCCCCAAAGACCCCAAAAGGAAUCAGACUCAACACUGCAAAAGUUGUCCGUGUGCACCCAGUCCUGCCUGCAUUUCUCAUGAUUCUUCAGGUGGAAAAAUAUCUGAGAGCCACAUUCUGUUAUAGAAUAGUGCACAUGCGGCUUCACAGUAAAUGUAUUCGGUCUGAGUUGUUUCAGAAUCAGACUCCAUCUGUACUCUGCUCAGAUAGCAAGGGUAGCAGGCACCACUAAUUCAGAGCUGUUUAUGGGGGGGGCUUACAUUGUGAAAAUACUAUGCAUUCGUGAUUAUUAUUGGUUUUGAUUGUAUUACAAGGGAAACAACUUUGAUUUUAGCUGCACAACAUCUUGAUCUAGCUUACUAUUCAGUGGGAGGAAGAGCUGGAAAAUUGCUAAACUAGCCCAAUGCCCUUGUUAAAGGAAACUGACACUUGGAGGAGAGCAUGACUUAACCAAACUCAUCUCAUCAGUUAAAAGUUUAGGCAGGAUUUGGCAAGAAAUUGGAGUCAGGGUCCAGGGCCCACUUUCACUGGGACCACCUCAUUUCCCAUUCUGCUGGUGGCUGCCCCAGUCUCCUGGGAGAAGGCCUGGGUUUCAGACAGAGCAAGUCUAGGUGUGGGACUCCUUCCCCCCUGCUCUGGGUUGUAGCUCCAUGGAACCAUCAGAAGGAGCAGGAGGAACACUCAGCCUCUGGCUCAAUGUGAGUCUGAUACCUGGCCUUCCCUGUGGCCCUGGCCUUUGGGCUCUCUGCCUCAGCCCUGUGUGAUACUGUCGAUAAAGUGCAUUGGUCUUUAUAAUACCUUCCCAGAUCUCUCUCUGGCCCUCUCCUCCCAGGGAACUCCACUGGACCCCUGAGAACAUCAGGUACUCAGAGCAGGGACCCAUAACCACCCAGGCCACUUCCAAAGGGAAAGUCUAGGAGCUGGGAAAAAAGAACAACAGGACAAGGGACAUUUCAGGGGUCUGAAUUGGGAGAAAAUGGUAUCAUCUAGUCUGUUUAGAAUAAGAGUAUGAAUGAAGAUAGGCAUUGAUAAAGCUAAAACUUUAAAAAUAUAUUACUGAAAAUUGAGGAAAGUAUACACUACGAAGGGAAAUAAACAAGAUUUCCAGAGACAGGGAAAUCUUCCUGCUGGUGAACUGGAUGAGAGUAGUAGGGAAAGCAAGUGAAGCCAGCAGAGAAGGUUGGAAUGUGCACCAAAUGCGGUGAACGCUAGACAUCAAGCAUAGAGGAAGGCUGGACAGAGUGCCUCCUAAAUGAUUUCCAAAGAGAAAAGUGUUCGCCAGGAGUUUGUCAAAUAAACCAAUGGAAAAAAUCUUUGCUUAUGGUGAUAAAAAUGGCUUGUACUUACAUAGUACUUACUUUGUGCAAGUACUGCUGUAAAUAAAUGCUUUAUGAAAACCAA